AUGGAGGAUAACAUAGGGCUAUGUCUUCCAGACAGUCUACUUUUGCAUAUCUAUUCCUAUCUUACAUCAAAAGAUUUACUCUGUGUUUGUCAAGUUUGUAAACAUUGGUUCUAUGUCAGCAAAGAUGAGUUGCUAUGGAAACAACUACUAUACAAAGAACUGAAGAUAGAUGAGACCUUAGCAUUGCCGUCAAAGUGCAUUUCCUACUACAAGGAGUAUAAACGAUUGAAAUACCAUGUACCAUCACAGCUGUCACAAGUAUUAAAGGGACAUUCUGAUCAAGUAUUACAUGUGAGUUUUUCUCACAGUGGUCAAUUGUUUGCAUCAUCAUCCAAAGAUAGCAGUAUUAAGGUGUGGACAAGCAAACACCCAUGUGCUUUGAAGUACACACGUGAUAUGAAAAAACUGUUACGAUGGCAGUAUACACAGAUUUCUGAAUUUAACAUAUCUGAUACGUUGUUACUGGUGUCUGGUGUUCAUUUUGGUUCUAAUAGUACAUCAGGAGAGAUUGCUAUUUUCAAUAUACAUGACGGGUAUGUAACUUUAUUGCUUCUACAACUGUCACUGGAGUGUCUAGGAAAGUGUCUGGGGAUGUUGCAAAGACCCUCGUUAAUUACCUACCAGGUGCAGGAGUUAGGUGAAUAUAAAUAUCUUGCACUUGCUAAGAAUUUACAUUGCAAGCAACCUUAUGAUGUAUUUGGUGCUUGGUUGAACAAUUCUUAUCUGCUAUCUGGAAAUUUUCAUAACCUGGGUCAACUGUCCUCAUGUUCUGCUGUGUGGAUGAAUAAAGCCACGCAAGAAAUAGACUCUGGGGAGUCAGUUGUCAUGAGACUAUUCCGCUUUCUAAAUAUCAAUGCUAGUACUGUUAGAAAUGUCAUGGUUGCAAGGUAAUGUGGGUAUAGUGAAGAGAGAGUUGUUGAGUUAGAGACAAUGUGUAAACCAAUUGAUAGUAGUGAGAAUGAAUUAAGAGAGCCUGAUGAUUCCAGUGGUGCUGAUUUCUCUGAUGGUUAUAACGAAUCACAACUUGAUAGUGUCCAGACAUCUCAUUGCAAUGUUGAUAAUAAUAUGUCUUCCCUAGGUAUAGAUAGGGAUUGGGAUGUGGAUACGCCUUGCCCACCAAUCGGUGCCAAGAGAGAUGCAUCAAACAGGACUGGUAAUAGCCCUCUCUUGAAAUCACGAAAGACAUUAAAACAAAAAGAUACAACUGAAAAUUCAGCAGUAUUUACAUCAUCAAAGAUACUUGGAGACACAUACUAUGAUCAUGUGUGGUCCCGAAUGAAAAGGGCUGAGUUGAAAGAUUCUGGUGAAUCGUGUGAUGACGAGACAUUACGACUGUUAAAAUGUGGAUGUGCAAAUAUCCAGCCUUCACAAAAUAACACCCAAAAACCAUCACCUCAGAAGCGAUAUAAAGAUAGUUUUGGAAAAUAUGAAACUGAUAGUAUGAGAACAAGUGCUUCUGAUAGUGAUUUAAGAAGUCUAUAUCACACUAUGGACAGCCACAACUCAAGAUGUAGUUCUAAUGAUAUUCUGUUCUCUGACGAGGCAGUGACAGGCUCAGAGCAAAGUGAUGUUUUACGUAGCUUGGGAAAACAUUUCACAUUUAGCAGUGAUGAAGACCCUACAAUAAAAUACGUAGAAAGUAAAACAAAUAGUACAGAUAACUUGUCCACAAGUUGUAGCAGUGAUGUAGAAGAGUCCAGAGACAAAAAUAAAUCAAAAUAUUUGAUAUUUUCCAUGGGCACAUUAGCACACACACCUCACCAGAUCGCUGUUAAAAAAAUUGAAGACGAUAUGACGAAAAUAAUGAAAGGUGCAUCCCCUAGACAACAAGUACAAGAGGCCUUGGCAGCUGUAAAAAGUCAGAAAGAAAAGAGUACUGAUGGGUCUGAUGAGGAUAAUAAUCGAGAUAUACAGUUUGAUAAAGUAGACCAUGUGAUUGAAAUUCAUGGACACAUUAUUGGCAUGGCAUUGUCACCAGACCACAGAUAUCUCUCUGUCAAUUGUCGCUUGUGGUCUAAAAACUAUAUUAUUACUGACCCACUGAAGCCACCCCAGAUUGCACAAGAGAUAGAGUUACAUGUAUAUGAUCUGGUAACCAUGACAGAAGUCAAGCGUCACUAUGGACAUAGAGCUUUCUCAACUAAUGAAGAAUUAUUUUUCAUCUUUUUAGAUGUCAGUCAGCAUUAUGUAGCAAGUGGAGCAGAGGAUAAACAAGGUCACAUAUGGGAUAGAUAUUAUGGUAUAGAAGUUGCCAGGAUACAGCAUAACGAUGUGGUUAACUCUGUAGCAUUCAAUCCAAAGAAUCCUGAGAUGCUUGUGAGUGCUAGUGAUGAUUGCACUCUGAAGAUAUGGAGAUCACUUUGUCAAUAUACUGAUACCGCUAUUGUUAUACAUAGACCUGAUACCGCUAUUGUUAUAUAUAGACCCGAUACUGCUAUUGUUGUACAUAGACCUGGUAUUGCUAUUGUUAUACAUAGACCCGAUACUGCUAUUGUUAUACAUAGACCUGGUAUCCCUAUUGUUAUACAUAGACCCAAUACUGCUAUUGUUAUACAUAGACCCGAUACUGCUAUUGUUAUACAUAGACCCAAUACCACUAUACCUCUUAUCACUAUUGUUAUACACGGACCUGAUACCUCUAUUGUUAUACAUAGACCCCAUACAGCUAUUGUUAUACAUAGACCCAAUACAGCUAUUGUUAUACAUAGACCCGAUACUGCUAUUGUUAUACAUAGACCCGAUACUGCUAUUGUUGUACAUAGGCCUAGUAUCGCUAUUGUUAUACAUAGACCCGAUACUGCUAUUGUUAUACAUAGACCCGAUACUGCUAUUGUUAUACAUAGACCUGAUACCGCUAUUGUUAUACAUAGACUUGAUACCGCUAUUUUUUCUACAUAG